GCCAGAUUAGUUGAUAAGGUUGACACUGCUGUGCCGUGCGUGUAAACAACUAUGUUACCUGGGCUGCUGCGACGCACAGUUUCACUUCGUUCAAAUCUAAGAACUGCCCUUCAGUUUCAACAAGUUAAAAACACUACAAGUUGUCGAAACUUGUCGACUGUUUGUUGCAUUGUGGGUACGACUUUUGACCCCUCGUUCACUCCGAUUAAUCAAAAACCGAAACGCACGAUGGCGACUUACAGCAUCACACCGCCGUCCCAGGAAUUGCUGAAGCCCAUCCACGUGCCACCAAAGACAUUGAUGGGACCAGGACCGUCGAAUGCGUCUGAUAGAGUACUGAAAGCAAGCGCACUGCCAAUUCUUGGGCAUUUGCACCCGGAGUUCUGCAAGGUAAUGGAUGACAUCAAGGCUGGAUUGCAGUAUGCAUUUCAAACCAAGAAUCCUGUAACCUUUGCUAUUAGUGGUACUGGACACGCUGGCAUGGAAGCUGCUCUUAUGAAUAUCAUAGAACGAGGAGAAGUUUUUAUGUCAGCUGUGAAGGGACUAUGGGGAGAAAGAGCUGCGGACUUGGCAGAUAGAUUAGGUGCCGAUGUAAGAAGAAUAAGUAAACCACUAGGUGAAGUUUUUUCACUUGAUGAUAUUGAAAAGGGACUUAAAGAACACAAACCAUCUGCAUUGUAUUUGUGUCAUAGCGAGUCGUCUAGUGGUAUACUACAGCCUCUAGAAGGCAUGGGACCACUCUGUAAAAAAUACAACUGUAUUCUGAUAGUUGACACUGUGGCAUCUCUUGGUGGCGUACCAUUCUUCCUAGACGAAUUAGAUAUUGAUCUGGUCUACUCGGGUUCUCAGAAGGUCCUGAGUGCACCACCUGGAACAGCACCAAUAACAUUUGGUCCCAGAGCAAUAGAGAAAAUUAAAAACAGAAAGACCAGAGUGCCUUCAUUUUACUUUGACUUUGAAGGGUUAGCAAACUACUGGGGAUGUGAUGAAGGUCCUCGUAGAUAUCACCACACUGCACCUAUCAAUAGUAUGUAUGCACUCAGGGAAUCAUUGGCAUUCCUGGCAGAAGAGGGUUUAGAGAAAUUUUGGGCACGGCACAAAGAAUGUGCUGAACUACUUUAUAAAGGUGUUGAAGAUAUGGGUUUGAAGAUGCUUGUUCCAAAUAAGGAUUGUCGUCUACCUUGCGUUAACACUGUGUGUGUACCAGAAGGUGUUGACUGGAAAGCAGUCACUGUGUAUGUAAUGAGCAAGUAUUCCAUUGAAAUCUCUGGUGGGCUUGGAGCAAGUGCAGGAAAGGUAUGGCGUAUUGGUCUGAUGGGUGAAAAUGCCACUAAGGAAAAUGUAGAGAGAGUACUGAAAGCUUUAAAAGAAGGAAUUGAGUCUGUGAAGGCUGGAGGGAAAUAAAUUUGAACACUUUUAUUAAAUCUGAAUCCCUGAUUUACUCCAACUUUUAUCUUUUCGAUGUUAUAAUUCAUUUUCGUUCCAUCAUUUCUUAAUUUGUUUAUGUCAGUCAUUAUCAGUUUUGAAAUGAAUAUUUUAAUUUGAAUAUCAAAGCUUUCAAAUUUGUCUUCCCGCAGAUUCAUAUUACAAAAUGUAACACAUGUAAUUCAUUACUAAAUCAAAAAAAUAUACUUCAGCGGGAUAGAUUGUGAACUGCCAACAAAAGGGAUGGACACAUAACAGGGUAGUUGUGAAAGUGGCUGUUUAAUAUAACUCGAAAAGGUGCUUGGGCUGGUUUACAUUUACCAUUCUUCAUUUAUGGCAGUUGUUUCACUGUGAUGGCGCUUCUAAAAAUCAUGACUGACCAUCAUAUUUUUUGCUUUUAGGCUGAAACUUAAUAUAUCCUUGUGUAGUUAUUUCUUAUUUGAGACCAAAUCAUAACAAAGAUUUAAGUGUAUUAAUGGCUUUAUUUGGAACAACUCUUGGUGGUUUCUUGUGUGGUGGUGGCGGUGGCGGUGGCGGCGGCGGUGGCGCUGACAUCCAUAUGACGUGUUCAGCACAAUGAACCUAUUAAUUUUGGAUAAGAUAUAAUAUAUAUUUGAAAUGAAAAUAGUUUACCUUCAGAGGUCGUGUUAAUGCAUACCUCAGCAUUCAAGACGUAAACAUGUUUGGAUUGGCACAUUUAUUGCUUUGUGAUAUCAAAACGCACAAAAUCACAUUGUUGCUUCUGAUGACCAACUUCCUGUUUAGUAGGUUUCAGGAUGCAUUGCUACACCGAGUAUCAACAAACAGAAUACAAAACUAGUUUACAUGUCACUGUUUUUAGUGUUGCAAAACAAAAAUAAGAUAAUAACAAAUAUUUACAAUGUAUAGCGAGAUGAACUAAAUGUAAUUAAACUGAUAAAACACA